AUGGUAACGCAGAAAAUGCUCAAGGCAAUCAGGUUCAGAACCUACCAACGGGGGUAUGGAAAUCAAGGAAGAACAUUUGUCCUCAGCCCAGCUCAGAAUACUCAGUUCCACAACCAGAAACAACCGACUAACCAGCAGCCUGCACAGCCUGCUCAAUCUGCUCCACAGGACGAGAUGAAGAGUCUUGCCAAUAUGAUGAGCCAGCUGCUCCAAGGACAGCAGAUCCAGGGAAAAGCACUGAAUCAGGUCACAAACGACAUCAAUACCCGAAUGAAUCACAUGUUCAAUGACCUGAGUGCCAAAUAUGAUAAUGUCUCGAGCCAUAUGAGGCAGAUGGAUAUUCAGAUUGCUCAGACUGCUGAGAGUGUGAAAAGACAGCAAGGCACUCUUCCUGGAAAAACAGAUAAAAAUCCCAAGGAGUGCAAUGCAGUCGCGCUUAGGAGUGGGAAGCAGUUAACUGAUCUGGCGCCCAAGAGAUUCACAACAGCUGAAAAGGGGAAGCAGAAAGAGUCAGAACAACCACCAGUAACCGCACCAACAGACGAGGAAGAAGCAGGGCUUCCUGCUAAACAUACUCCGACCACUACAGAGCAGCCUACUGUGGUUGUUCGCCCAGCUGCAGAACCUGUACCCACCCGUGACUAUGUGCCUAAGGUUCCGUACCCUGUUCCUGCUAAGGCCACACGCAAGGACAAGGAGGAGAUGAAAUGUAGGAAGAUGCUGGAAGACAUAACAGUCAGACUCCCUCUCAUGAGUGCAAUCCAGAUGAUGCCAUCCAUGAGUAGCUUUGUGAAAGGACUUAUUUCUGGAAAGAUAACCGAUGACAGUGAGUUCAUGGUGGUCUCAAAAGAGUGCAGCGCUGUUCUCCAGAACAAAAGGAUCAAGAAACUGGGUGACCCUGGAAAAUUUGUCCUAUCCAUCCAAAUAGGGAGAACAGUCUUCUCAUGUUCGCUAGUCGAUCUGGGAUCAAGCAUCAACCUCAUGCCAUACUCUGUGGCUAAGCGCCUUGGAUUCACGGAUUUCAAACCUACCAGGAUGUCCCUAGUGUUUGCUGAUCGAUCAGUGAAAUCUCCGGUCGGAAUUAUCGAGGAUAUCCAAGUUCUUGUUGGGAACACGCUUGUCCCUGCCGAUUUCGUUGUUCUGGAACUCGAGGAAGAGUCAAAGGAUCCUCUGAUCCUAGGCAGACCAUUCCUAUGCACUGUCGGAGCUAUCAUAGAUGUGCGACAAGGAAAAAUCGACCUCCACCUAGGAGACAUUGUGAUGAGGUUCGAGAUGAAUCAGAUGCUCAAGAAACCUAUGCUGGAUGGACAAACCUUCACUGUCCAAGAGGAGGGUGAUCCGCUGGAACCAAGUGAUCAGAUGAUUGAGGAGAUCCUUACAGAUGAUCCGCUGGAACUAGCCUUGACUAGAGCUGAAGCAGAACAGAAUGUCCAGAACAUCGACGCUGAUGGGUACGCUAAGAUGUUGGACUCCGCCAGAACCAUGGAAAGAUUAGUGGCAUAUCUCAGUCUGGGGGAGAACAAUGCUUCAGACUCAUCGAGCUCGCUUGUUCCACCAAGUCGGAACAAUGACCCGUGGAGUGAAUCCGAAGCUCCAAAAGUCGAGCUCAAAACACUCCCUAAGGGGCUCAGGUACGCAUUUCUUGGACCAAAUUCUACAUACCCAGUAAUCGUGAAUGCUGACCUGAACAAUGCUGAAACUGCUCUUCUCCUAUGCGAACUUAGGAAAUAUCGAAAGGCAUUAGGAUAUUCUCUAGCUGAUAUACCUGGCAUUUCACCUGAUCUGUGCAUGCAUAGAAUACACCUAGAAGAUGAAUCAAUGACUUCUGUAGAACAUCAGAGGAGGUUAAACCCAAAUCUGAAAGAUGUUGUUAAGAAGGAGAUAAUGAAACUUCUAGAAGCUGGUGUAAUCUAUGCGAUCUCUGAUAGUAAGUGGGUUAGUCCUGUUCAUGUAGUGCCUAAGAAAGGAGGGAUCACUGUUAUAACCAAUGAAAAGAAUGAAUUAAUCCCUACUAGAACAGUAACUGGUCAUCGCAUGUGCAUCGAUUUCCGUAAAUUGAAUGCUGCGACCCGCAAGGAUCACUUUCCACUUCCCUUCAUUGAUCAAAUGCUUGAAAGAUUGGCUAACCACCCUUACUAUUGCUUUUUAGAUGGUUAUUCAGGUUUUUUUCAGAUUCCCAUCCACCCAGACGAUCAGGAAAAGACGACGUUCACAUGUCCUUACGGAACAUAUGCCUACAGGAGGAUGCCUUUCGGGCUGUGCAAUGCUCCAGCGACCUUUCAACGCUGCAUGAUGUCGAUUUUCACUGAUCUAAUUGAAGACAUAAUGGAGGUUUUCAUGGACGAUUUCAGCGUCUAUGGAAGCUCCUUUAGUGUCUGUUUGUCAAACUUGUGUAGGGUUCUGAAGCGAUGCGAGGAGAAGCAUCUCGUGCUUAAUUGA